AUGGUCGACGCGGCCUAUUCUGCAGCGAGCAGCUCCUCGUCCACUUCAUCCAGCGCUCCUGCUACGUCCUCCAGCUUAGGGCUCAGGGCGACGUUAAGCUCCGCACCGGUCCGCUCUUCUACCGCGGCAACGCCCGCCGCGACGUCCGCGGGCUUCUUCAACUUCGGCACCACGUCUGCUCCGUCCAACGCAGUCGCUACGGACGCCGAAGACAUCGAGAUCACCGAGGGCAACUUUGAGUUCUACCUCAGCAUGUGCCUCAACGAUCCGCGCUUCCCCAUGAUCGUGGAGCAGGUGGAGAAGGCGUGGGUGCGGCACAUGGGACUCGGCGGCACGGCGGCAGAAUCUCUCGAAAGGCUCAUGAAGUGA